AUGCCUUCUCGUACCCUGCCGACCUUCACCCUCGCAGAGGUUGAGUCGCAUAACAAUGAGAAAUCUUGCUACGUGACUGUCGGCAAGAGUGUCUACGAUGUCACCGACUUCCUCGACUCCCAUCCCGGCGGCGCGGACUUGGUCCUCGAGUAUGCCGGCAAGGAUGUCACCGAGAUCCUGAAGGACGAGGCAUCGCACACGCACACCGAAGCUGCCUAUGACGUUCUUGACGAUUCUCUCGUCGGAUUUCUUGCGUCGAAGGUGGCUGCGAACGGAAAGGCUGUCAAUGGGAAGGCGGUGUCGACCACCGUCGACGAGGAGGAGCUAAAUGGCAAUGGGGAGUCUGUACACCCACGAACCGGCAUGUCUCGGCCUGAGGACUUGGAAAAGGAGACGGAUUACGACAGUGACUACAAGAAACACAAGUUCUUGGACUUAUCUCGUCCCCUCUUUCCUCAGGUUUGGUUCGGCGGAUUCACCAAGGAGUUCUACCUCGACCAAGUUCAUCGCCCGAGACAUUAUAAGGGCGGCCAGUCAGCUCCUCUGUUUGGCAACUUCCUUGAACCUCUAACCAAGACCCCGUGGUGGAUCGUUCCGACUUUAUGGUGGCCUCCUAUCUGCUAUGGGACAUAUCUUGCCAGUCAAGGCUUCGACAACAAGUUAUAUCUGGUAGCAUAUUGGAUAUUCGGUGUCUUCUUUUGGUCGUUGAUUGAGUACACGUUGCAUCGAUUUCUGUUCCACCUGGAUUACUAUCUCCCCGAUAAUCGAGUCGGCAUAACUUUGCAUUUCACCCUUCAUGGCAUUCACCACUACCUCCCCAUGGACAAGUAUCGGCUUGUCAUGCCUCCAACGCUGUUCCUUGCCCUGGUCGGUCCGUUCUGGAAGCUGGCCCACGCCCUCUUUUACUGGGACUGGAAUAUCGCAACUGCAGCGUUCUGCGGUGGUAUGUUCGGAUACACCUGCUACGACAUGACGCACUACUUCUUGCACCAUCAGAACCUGCCACUCUGGUACAAGUCGCUCAAGAAGUACCACUUGGAGCACCACUUCUUGGAUUACGAGAAUGGCUUUGGCGUCACUAGCCGCUUCUGGGACAGAGUCUUUGGCACUGAGAUCAUCAAUCCUCCAGUUGUGAAGACCAAAUAA